CGUCGCCGGCGAUGUGGUCCAGCCGAGUAAGGUCUUGAAGCAGGUGCCGGCGAUGUACGUGUUUGGGGACUCGACGCUGGACGUCGGGAACAACAACUACUUGGCGGGGCCAGACGUCCCCAGAGCAAACACGCCCCUCUACGGCGUCGACUAUCCGGGAUCCAAGCCAACUGGACGGUUCAACAACGGGUACCACGUCGCAGACUUUAUCGCAAAGAAGCUGGGUCUGAAGGAGAGCCCUCCGGCAUAUUUGUCACUUGCACCAGGCACCACCCCUCUGGUCGUCAGUGCUCUCGCUGAAGGUGUGAGCUAUGCUUCCGCAGGAGCCGGUAUUCUGGACUCUACUCAUGCGGGGACCAACAUCCCACUGUCGAAGCAGGUGAUGUACUUUUUGUCAACCAAGGCCAAGAUGCAGGUCAAGGUGGGCAGCACUGCGGUGCGAAUCCUACUCUCGAGAUCAUUCUUCGUCAUCAGCGUCGGGAGCAACGACCUAUUCGUAUUCGCGGCUGCGCCGACCGACGUCGUGGCGCUCUACUCCAGCCUCAUCUCUGGCUAUUCCGCCGCUAUCACGAGCUUGUACAACAUGGGCGCGAGGAAGUUUGGGAUCAUCAACGUGGGGCUGCUAGGUUGCGUGCCCGCCGUGAGGGCACUCAACUCGACGGCCGCAUGCAGCGACGGCCUCAAUCUGCUUGCGGCGGGCUUUGAUGACGCGCUCAAGUCCCUCCUGGCCAGCCUCGCCGCCAGGCUGCCAGGCCUUGUCUACUCCCUCGCCGACUCCUACAGCCUCUCACAAGUCACCUUCGCAAAUCCACAGGCAUCUGGAUAUGUCAACAUAGAUAGCGCGUGCUGCGGGAGUGGGAGGCUGGGGGCGGACAGCGACUGCCUGCCCAACUCGGUGCUAUGCGGCGACCACGACCAGUUUGUCUUCUGGGACCGGGUACAUCCUUCGCAGCGGGCCGGAGAGCUCAGCGCUGCAGCAUUCUACGACGGACCAGCCGAGUUUACAGCGCCCAUCAACUUCAGGCAGCUGGCCCGGAAGAUUUAGGCCAUGAAUCGUUCUACAGUGACUCUGCAAUCCACACUGUAACUAGCGUUACACACUAGCUAGGCUGAUACUUCAUACACAUCGCGUUCAUCACCAUGCUAAUGCUGAAAGUGAGAGUGUUUUUGUAUCUUAUACUCUCAUUUGUUUUCAUUUAUUGCAAAUGCAUGAUGUUCUAAUCAUGAAUAAACUGUAAAGUUGUAUUC